AUGGCUACCUUCGAAUGGCACGUCAACAAGACCUUCGACCCCUUCACCCAAAACUUCACCGUCCUAGGCCCCGACGGAGUCACGCCAGUGCAAGUCUCCAUGUCCCUCGUACGCAGCCUUCAAAGCCUCAUCACCGCCGACGCCAUCUACUCGGGCAUCAUGAUCGGCUCGGCCGUCUUCCUGCUUCUUGCCCUCCUCCUCAUCACCAAACCCGACAAGCGCCGCAGCUUGAUCUUCAUACUCAACGCCGUCGCUCUGGUCCUCGUCAUCACGCGUGGUAUCGUAUCCAGCGUCGUCUUCUCUGGCACCUUCUACAACUGGUAUCGACUGCAGACCUACUACUACGGCGGCGACAUUGCUCCAGCCCAAGCAGCCUCGUUCGCCGGCGAACUCAUUGACUUCAUGCUCGUCUCCACACUUGAGCUGUCCAUGGUCCUCCAAGUCCGCAUCGUCUGCUGCACCCUCGAUGCCGUCUGGCGCAACACGAUUAACAUCAUCAACAUUGCCAUGGCUUUGGCAGAAGUUGGCACCCGAUUCGCCCUCAUGAUCUUGGUCACUGACUGGAACAUCCUCCAUGUCGGGCAAGAAACGGAGCAGCAGUUCCGUCUCCUCGGCAAGUUGGGCCAGGCAACGGACAUUGUGUUUGUCGUCAACAUAGCCAUCGCCGCCAUCAUCUUCUGCGCCAAGCUGGGCCUCGCAAUCCGCUCCCGUCGCUCCAUGGGAAUGACCAAGUUCGGGCCGAUGCAGAUCAUCUUCAUCAUGGCCUGCCAGACAAUGUUGACGCCUCUCAUCUUCAUUCUCGUCGCCCUAUACGGCUACAAGAAUCACAAUCUCCAGAUCAUGAUACCCACCAUCAUUGCCCUCUCCCUGCCGCUCUCGGCAAUGUGGGCCACCGUCAAGACCGACCACGUGCACAUUGCCAAUCCGCGGCACUACAUGCGCGCACUCCCAGGGGGAGCCGCAGAUCUCUCGGGUGCAAAGGCUUGCGGCACAGCGACGACGGACACCACCGACACCCUCAUCGACUCGGAGGACACUGCCAGCUUGUCCACGCCGAAGGGCAAGUCGACGCGGGAUGUGGAGAUGCAGAAGUUGAAGGGUGGCGUGCACGUGGAUCGCACUUAUAGUGUGAGAUGUGAUUAGGAGUCACCCGCCACGCAUCGCAGCUCUGAUACUCACACAUCAACCCGACCAGCCCGAGAUGGCACUGGAGAAGCCGGCGUAAGCCGCUACAAGUCUUUUGUUGAUUGGGUUGAAUCGUCGAGAACUGAGGGGCAGACAUAGCCCGAGGGCUCCAUUUGAUGGAAUGAAUUGCCCAUGCUCAAAGGAGACACAGGAAUGGAAGCAACAGCGAGCAUAUCUAUUGGCAUAUCAAGAUCAAAACG